AUGGGCACUUCAAUAUCAACUUUACACAAAAAUAAUAAUAAAAUACCUCUCACAGAAACUGACGAUACCUGUCACUUAGAAACAAGCAAAGAAGAUGAGAAUUCGGCAUCAAGAUCUGAUGUUCGUGAAUACGUUGGGACACGAAAACUUGAUAAAAAAGUAAAGUGCACGCUCUCAUUAGAUAAUGAUGAAGCUGAUAGGCAGACGAUGCAGCAUUUUAUAUAUCGUCAUCUUUGGGAAGGAAACUUUUCCGCGCCUGUGAAUGAGAUAUUAACAGAUGGUGCUCGGAUUCUGGACGUUGGAUGUGGCUCCGGAACUUUCUUACUGGAUAUGGCAACAGAAUUUCCAAAUUCUCAUUUCAUAGGUAUCGAUGUCUCCUCAAACUUUCCUAAGGAAAUCAAACCUGCCAACCUCGAUUUCUUCCAGUCAGACAUUCUCGAGGGCCUACCAUUUAGAGACGGCUUAUUCGAUUUUGUGUACAUCAGAUUUAUGGAAUUUGAUAUAAAAAAGGAUGAUUGGCCGAAGAUAUUUUUGGAGGUUGCAAGGGUACUGAAACCGGGUGGUUACAUCGAGAUCAUGGAGAAAAAUUAUACAUUAAUAAACGAACCGCCUUCGAGUACAAUAAUUCGAGAACGAUUUUAUAAGUUCAUGAAAGAGAAGUACAGAGUCGAACAUGAUCUCGGAAAUACGAUUGAUCAGAUGAAAAAAUCACUGAAUUUUACGGACAUUCAACACGAGGCUCGAGAGCUUCCGGUCGGCAGCUGGGGAGGGAACCUGGGUAAAGGUGUUGAGACUACGUAUCACUGGCAUAUUAUGAGCUUAAGAAAAUUACUGUUUUCACAAGACAUAAGCGAUGAGGAAUUUAAAAAGGAAGUUGAUAACUGCAUGGCAGACCUCGAUAAAUAUAAGCCUAGAGAGAUUAGUUAUCGCUAUUGGGCGAAGAAAGUACAGAAUAAUUAA